UGGUAGCCUAUAUAUUUACGUGCUAUUUACGGCUCGGGUGGCAGUAUCUCGAUGGUUCCAAAGAUCAGCUUCUCGUCUCGCCGGCGGUUCUCCCGACUCGAUGCCUUACUCGUGCUUGUUCUUGUCUUUCUGUCUAUCUAUGAAGGGCAUCCGAUGGAAGGGUUCUGUGCAAUCGGAGGCGAGUCAGGCUGUGCUUUGUCUUCUGAGAAGAUCUUGAUCAAGGGAGGAACUGUGGUAAACGCUCAUCACAAGGAAAUGUUAGAUGUGUACAUCGAGGACGGUAUCAUUGUCUCCGUGAAGCCCAACAUUAGGGUUGGCGAUGAUGUGAAAGUAAUUGAUGCAACUGGAAAGUAUGUCAUGCCAGGUGGAAUUGAUCCUCAUACUCAUCUUGAUAUGGAGUUUAUGGGAACAGUCACCAAAGAUGAUUUCUUCACUGGCCAAGCUGCUGCUUUGGCAGGCGGAACCACCAUGCAUAUUGACUUUGUUAUGCCAGUUAAGGGGGAUUUGACUGCAGGUUUUGAUGCUUACGUAGAAAAAGCAAAAAGGUCAGCUAUGGACUAUGGUUUUCAUAUGGCCAUCACAAAGUGGGAUGCUGGUGUUUCUAGGGAAAUGGAGCAGAUGGUUAAUGAGAAGGGCAUCAACUCUUUCAAGUUCUUUAUGGCUUACAAAGGAUCAUUGAUGGUCAGUGAUGAUCUUUUACUGCAAGGCUUGGAAAAAUGCAAAUCCCUAGGUGCAAUAGCCAUGGUUCAUGCAGAGAAUGGAGAUGCUGUUGUUGAAGGACAGAAGAGAAUGAUAGAACUUGGGAUAACAGGUCCAGAAGGACAUGCUCUUUCACGGCCUCCUGUGCUAGAGGCAGAAGCAACUGCAAGAGCCAUCCGCCUGGCUAAUUUUGUCAAUACACCCUUAUAUGUUGUUCAUGUAAUGAGCAUUGAUGCUAUGGAAGAGAUUGCAAAGGCCAGGAAAGCAGGGCAAAGGGUCAUUGGUGAACCGGUUGUCUCUGGCUUAACUCUGGAUGAUUCUUGGCUUUGGCAUCCUGACUUCACUACUGCUGCAAAAUAUGUAAUGAGUCCACCAAUAAGGAAAUCAGGACAUGAUAAGGCUCUACAAGCUGCCCUUUCAACUAAUGUCUUACAGCUUGUAGCAACUGAUCAUUGCACAUUUAACUCUACUCAAAAAGCUUUUGGCUCUGAGGACUUCAGAAAAAUCCCAAAUGGUGUCAAUGGUAUAGAGGAAAGGAUGCAUCUUGUUUGGGAUAAGAUGGUGGAGUCCGGACAAAUGUCUAUUACUGAUUUUGUGCGUGUAACAAGCACUGAAUGUGCGAAAAUAUUCAAUAUUUACCCACGAAAAGGUGCUGUACUGGAAGGCUCUGAUGCUGAUGUUAUCGUAUUGAACCCUAACGCAACCUAUACGAUAUCCGCUGCUUCUCAUCAUUCAAAAACUGAUACCAAUGUUUACGAAGGGAUGAUAGGAAAGGGAAAAGUCGAAGUCACUAUUUCACAGGGGAGGGUGGUUUGGGAAGAUGAUGAACUAAAGGUCACACCAGGAUCGGGUAGGUACAUCAAGAUGCCACCUUUUGGUUAUCUUUUCGAUGGCAUACAGAAGGUUGAUGCUUCAUAUCUUGCCUCUCUUAAUGCUCCGGUUCAACGCAGUAAAGCUACGUCAUGAUCUUUAACGAGUUAAUCUGUUUAUGCCAAAAUAAAUGAUGGAUUAUUCAACUGGGAUGUAACAGACACAUAAUGCAUGUAAAUUAUCGAAGAUUUAGGCUGUUUUUUUUUUUUGAACUGCCUGAAUAAAAUAUAUUUUGAAGGAAAUCCUUAGAGGAAUUUUAUUUUG